AUGCAAGUCCUGAGCAAGUGAAGAAGUGAAGCAGUGCUCGAGUCCAUGCUGCAUGAUGGCAUGGUGGUUCAGUGCCUCAAUUUGAGAAUCUCUGAAAUCUGGGCGCUGGAACUCGGGAGGGAAAACAGCAGCUUCAAAUCUAGUUUAGUGAGGACGGUCAUUUCUGCCAUCAAGCGCACUCUCUCUAUCCGAAGGGCGCUGGCGGCUGCCACCCAUUUGAAUUGCAAACCUCCGCAUGGCUGAUCCUCAUGCACCCAAAAACAUGGAAGAGCUGGCUGCAUCUGCAGCCAAGGUUGGCCCGGACCCGCAUACAGAUGCAGGUCGGGCUCCUAUGCCGAAUACCCCUGCCCCGGCUCUCAAUGCUGCGCUUGAGAGUCAUGUAGAGGGCAGCAGGUUGUCAGAGACUGAGAAGAAGACCUUAAGUCAGAUGCGAGCUGCAGUGAUUGAGCAGGGCGCGCUGGAAGAAGACUUUGACAACCCAUCGCUCGUGCGGUUUCUGAAAGCCCGUGAUUGGAAUGUGAAGAAGGCGUCGAAGCUGUUCAUGAAUCACUUGAAUUGGCGCCAGGAGUUUGUUCCUCAUGGUUACAUCCGAGACGAGGACAUUCCAAACGAGCUCGCGGCGGAAAAGCUAUACCUGCAAGGUUUUGACAAGCUAGGGCGGCCACUGUCGUUGACGAUGGUACGAAAGCACGAUGCUGCCAAAAGGAAUCUCGAAGAGUUUCAACGGUUGUUGGUCUACGGAUCUGAUAAAGCCAUUGCCAGAAUGCCCCCUGGAGUUGAGCAGUUUGUGGGGCUCCUCGACCUGACAGGCAUUGGCUACAAGAACAUGGACACUGGCGCUCUCCGCUUUCUCUUCGAUUUCCUUCAGGGAUUCUAUCCGGAGCGGCUGGGUUUCCUUAUCAUGCUGAACGCGCCGUCCGCUUUCGGCAUGGUGUGGAAAGUCGUGAGCCCCUUCAUCCAUCAAAAAACGCGAGACAAGCUCGUUUUCUGCAACCACAAGACCCUGGUCGAUAAAGUCGUGCCCAAGUACUUUGAAUUAGACCAGGUCCCGGUCGAGUAUGGGGGCACUGGUAAGUUGGUGCGCAUACAGGAUCAGAAGUUUCCGGGGUGGCCGCCGGAACUCCCAGCGUACGUGAAAAGAGCGCAAGCCAGCGGAAAAGGGCCGGAUAUUGAUUCACCAUUCGCGUAGAAGCAGUGAAUUGGACGCUGUUCUCCGACUGUGUGUACAGUACCGUCGCGUUCGCAUUGCAGAAGGACUAGCAGAUUCAAAUAGCUUCGGAGUCGCCCAAUCGCAACUUGUAAAGAGGUUGUUGCCGUAUAAGCACGCAAGCGUUUAGACAUAGGAUUUGCACGCAAACAAGCACAUACGUUGCCAGUAUCUCUAAGUAAAGCGGACGGUUGAGUACUGGAAUCGUCUGACCGACGGUGGCAAUUGUACAUAAGAGUAGCAUCUCUGAGUCGAAUCAUCAAGUUGCAUUUUUUGUACUUAAUGUUAACGAAGCUCAAUCGAGCAGCACUGCGCC